AUGAAAGCUUUCUCAGCCCAACUACUUGCCACUUCGGCGAUGCUGGCAGGGCUCUCUCAGGCAUUCCAGAUGAAGCGACCUCCGCCAGUCGAGCUUGUCAAGGGUUUCGAGUGGGCAAACCCCUUCGCGCCUGGUGCCAUGGCUGCUUUCAAAUCAAGAUGUGAUGACAAGAAGCAGUUCGAGGUUUUCGAGUAUACCCUCGCAGAGUUGAUGGAACCUCCCCCAAAAGGACUGAAGCCCUGGGCUACGGGCCUCAAGGCAGUCUUUGCCAACAGAGAGUACCCCGGAGCAUGGCUCGGCUUGGAUCACCACGCUGGUGGUCGCAGCGUACUUUUGAUGAAUUAUGAUGAGAUUCCUCUCUUGGUUCGUGAGUGGAUCGAGCAACAGGAGAGGACCGACGGAGAAGGCAAGGCACUUUUUGCCGUGCUCGAGAAGCCCAAGAACGACGAUGAUGAAAUCGAGAAGGUUGUCGAGUUCCCUGAGGCUGACAAGAUCGAUCGCACCAGCGACAAAGACAAGGUUGCUGUUUUUGCACCUGGUGCCCUAUAUGGCAUCCUUCCCUUGUGGGUAGCAGAAGCAAGCGAAUGCAAAGAUCAACUUGUCGACUUGUCCAAGUAUAGUCCAAAGCCCGAAGAUGGCGGAGUUGUCGCUUGGGUUAUCAACUCUGAGCGACAGGACAACCACAAGACAAAGAUGGACAUCAGAGUCCAGUCAUUCAAGGAAAAGACAGUCCAGAGCGGUCAAGAGCAAGGUGAGGCGAAGACGGCGACGAGGGAAGAGUUGUAA